GCUAAGAGUCUCGACAUCUCCUCCCCAAGAAGCUCCAUCAACAUCACGAUUCCUCAGUGCGAUCAUCUCCGGCCAUCACAACACUUUCAGCUGCGAAUAUGGCAGUCUCGGACGAUACGAAGCAGCUGGAAGAGGCGGAACGUGUGAAGAAAGAGUCGCCUGCCACGGCGGAGAAGAUAUACAAGGACAUUCUCUCCAAAUCACCCGGUCAGAGCGACAAACAGAUUCGUGUCUUUGAGAAUGCUCUUGUCGGGCUGGGAGAGUUGUUGCGAGACCAGAAGCGAGCACAAGACCUCACAAACUUAAUAAAUCAGACACGAGAUGUGCUCACGAGCUUCGCGAGAGCGAAGACGGCGAAGUUGGUCCGCCAACUCCUCGACCUCCUCGCCGAGAUCCCCAACACUCUCGACAUCCAAAUCUCCACCACACGCUCCUGCAUCGACUGGGCCGUGAAACAACGGCAAGGCUUCCUCCGCCAGAACCUCGAAGUGCGCCUGGUAGCCCUCUACAUGCAGAAGUCCUCCUACUACGACGCCCUCACCCUCAUCAACAGCCUCCUCAAAGAACUCAAACGCCUCGAUGACAAGCUGGUGCUGGUGGAAGUGCAGCUGCUCGAAAGCCGCGUCUACCACGCCCUCGGUAACGUCCCUAAGGGCCGCGCAGCCCUCAGCUCCGCCCGCACCUCCGCCGCCUCCGUCUACACGCCGCCCCUCCUGCAAGCCGGCCUCGACAUGCAAUCGGGCCAGCUGCACGCCGAAGACGGCGACUUCAACACCGCCUUCUCCUACUUCAUCGAAGCGAUGGAAGGCUACCACAGCCAUGACGACGCGGUGAAAGCCACGUCGGCGCUGCAAUACAUGCUGCUGUGCAAAAUCAUGCUGAACCUGAAAGACGACGUCGACCAGUUGAUGACGUCCAAGCAGGCGCUCAAAUACGCCGGCAAGAACCUCGACGCCAUGAAGGCCGUGGCGCGCGCACACUCCAACCGCAGCCUGGAGGAGUACGAGACUGCGCUGCACACGUUCAAAUUCGAGCUGGGUAACGACCGCUUCAUCGCCUCGCAUCUGCGUCGCCUGUACGAUAGCAUGCUGGAGCAGAACCUGAUCAAAGUCAUCGAGCCCUUCUCGCGCGUGGAGAUCAGUCACGUGGCGCAGAUGGUGGGACUGGAUGUGCAACAGGUGGAGCGGAAGCUGAGCCAGAUGAUUCUGGAUCGCGUGAUUAUCGGCGUGCUGGAUCAGGGUGCGGGCGUGUUGGUGGUGUUUGAUGAGACGGAGAGAGACAAGGGGUAUGAUGCUGCGCUGGACACGAUUGAGAAGCUGAACAGCGUGGUGGAUGUGCUGUACGCCAAUCAGGCGAGUUUGUUGGAGUAAGGUGGAAGAGGUGUGGUAGAGAUGAGCAUAGAGCACCGACAGUCAAGAUAGUUCUUUGAUGAGAAGGCAAUUC